UGCCGCACUUACAGUAUAAUAUUUUCCCAUCUUUCUUGAUAUCGUAUGUAUGAGCUUGGCUAGUCUUAUUCGGACGAUCACGAAUCGAAAUGUGAGACGCAGCUUAAGAUAAUCCUUGAUGACCGUUACGAUCCAAGACGAUCUGGGUUAGAUUAUCUUAUUAUCUUCGACAAAAGGAUCCACACCAUCUCCGGUGAGUCAAUACUACAUAGAAAGGCGAGCAGUCCUAAACUCAGCCCUGUCCCUGUAGGAUUUUCGAACUAGCCUGCGUAAUUAUUUCGAACGCCACCCGAACCAGGUUUUGCAGCUUCUAUCCUUCUCUCUCACGAGCUUUCAUCCUACUACCUACGUAUUGAAUCCUCGACUUUUGAACGUUUCCUGCCCAAAGGAUACUAGUUGAAUAGCCAAAGCGAGGGUGAGAUUCCAACCUUUAUUUUUCCUCGGCAAGUGAGACAACACCCCCAAAUCUCUCAGUCCUACGCGCAUUGGCCCAAAACCCGGAGAGCCGCCCGCGGAUCGCCCGCACGAUGUCUGGCACCUCUCCCGCUUCUUUCGUACAUGCCAAUUCCACUCCGGCUCGCAUGGAGUCCUCGUCCCGCUCAUCCCCGAACGACAACUCUACCAGCUCGCCCGCCGCAGCAUCGACGCCGCAAGACUCUGCGCCGGUACCAGGCGCCUUAUCUUCGGCGGCUCCCGCAUCCGGCGGCGCUCCCAAUCCCGCCACCUUCGCGCCGUUGGGCCCGAUAUCCCUCGACCCCUCUACCACUCCCUCGUCGGCGCUCAACCCCCGCAGCUGCGUAACAUGCCGCCGCCGGAAGGUCAGGUGCGACAAAUUCAUGCCGUGCGGCAAUUGUCGCAAAGCGCAGAUCCAAUGCGUCUUCCCGGCUCCGGGCCGAGCCCCUCGGCGGCCGCGCGCGAAAGACCCGAACGCCCCGCCGAAACAGACGAGCGAGCGCGAGAUCGAGCUCAUGAAGCGCUUGCGGAAGCUCGAGAGCAUCGUGGAGGACCUGAGCGGCCAGAUAGAGGUCGAAACCGCGAGACACCCUUCCAGCGGGGGCUCGCCCGAGGCAGUGACGGACGGCACCUCGCAGGAGAGGGAAAGGCGAAGGCACAGCGGGUUCGUAUAUAGCGAGAACCUUCCCGGCGGUUAUCCGCCCGCGGACCACUCGAAGCUCGGCCGCUCCCAGACUGGCGACUUCAAGAACGCGGCCGGGGAAGUUAACAAAUCUUUCGGGAGGCUGGUGCUAAACGAGAAGGGUAAGACGCGGUAUGUGAGCAGCGCGUUCUGGUCUAAGAUAAAUGACGAGAUCAACCAGCUGCGGACGGAGACGGAGCAACUUAGCGACGAAGAUUCCGAGGGCUCGGAAGACGGCAGCAGCCCCGGCAUGUUCAACCCGUACUCGGAUCAGGUCGACCACCACGGUUUCGUGCUCGGCUACAGCUCCUCCAACGUCGACCUUCGCAAGCUGCACCCCUUGCCGUCUCAGAUACCGUUCAUAUGGCAGGUUUACCAAGAGAACGUCGACCCCUUAGUUAAAAUAUUACACGUGCCUUCCAUGAGCAAGAUUAUUCGCGAGCUGAGAAGCAAUAUGAACGACAUUUCACCGGGGAUGGAGGCCCUCAUGUUCGUCAUAUACUACGCUUCCAUCACCUCCAUGGGAGAGGAGGAGGUCAAGAUAAAUUUCGGCGCCGAUAAAGGGCAGCUCAUAAAUAAAUACCGCUUCGCCACCGAGCAGGCGCUCGCGAAAGCCAACUUCCUCGUCACGUCAGAGUUGGUAGUCGUGCAAGCUUUCACCCUUUUCCUCGUCCUCGUCCGGCGGUACGACGACACCAGGUUCGCCUGGACGCUCACGGGCCUCGCGAUACGAAUAUCCCAGUCGCUGGGGAUACAUCGCGAGGGGACUAAGUUCGACGACCUGAGCCCCUUCGACGUGGAGAUGAGGCGUCGGCUGUGGUGGGCGAUAUGCAUCCUCGAUCUCAGGUCGGCGGAGGACCAAGGCACGGAGCUGACGAUUGCGGAACGGACUUACGACACGCAAUUCCCGCUGAACGUCGACGACGCCGAUAUAAGUCCCGAGAUGACAGAGUUCCCGGAAGAGAAGACCGGGCCUACGGACAUGACGUUUUGCCUCAUCCGCUAUGAGAUAUGCGCCCUGUCCAGGAAGAUACACUUGGCGACCAACGGGAUGGCCCCGUGCCACGGCCGGAGCACGGAGGCGCAGCGGGACGACAUGCUCCUGGAAUGCUACGAGCGCAUAGAGAAGAAAUAUCUCAAGACGUGCGGAGACAAGGACGUGGACGUCCUGCACUGGGUCGCCGCCAUGAUCGCGCGACUCAUCAUGGCCAAGAUGAGGUUGAUCAUAUACCAACCCAUGCUGCACCACUCGACAGGCCAGGCCCUUGACAAAGACGUGCGGCAUCGCCUAUUCAUGGCUUCUCUCGAGGUGGUCGAAUUCACGAAGGUCCUGAACAUGGAGCCGCGCUGCCAACAGUGGCGAUGGCUCUUCCAGACGUACGCGCAGUGGCACGCCGUGGCCUACCUCCUACUAGAGACGUGCCGGCUGCCUUGGACGGCGUCGCUCGAGCGCGCCUGGAUGGUGCUCAACGCGGUCUUCCAGAGCCCCGACGCGGCCGAGCGUGCCAGGCCCGGCGUCUGGGUCCCUCUCCGCAAGCUUAUGUCGCAGGCUAAGCGCCACAGGGAGGAGGAGAUCAAGCGGCUGAGAGCGGAUCCCGAAGCCGCGCGGCAGCUCGACAUCGACGAGCAGAAGCGGCUGCAGCCCGAUAACUUCAAGCACCUGUCCAGCUCCGUGAGGAGCUCCCUCGCCCAAGAUCAGUGGCGGAAGCUCGUCGGGGUCGAGGGUCCCGAGAAACCCGUUUUUACUCUCGCGGACGUCGCGAACGCCGACGCGCUGACGAAGCGCGACGAAAUUCCACCGCGGCAGCCGGGCGUCGGCGACUCCCAGCCUGAGAUGCAAUACGUCGAUCACUUGAUGUCCCAGCCUUAUCUCGACUCGCAAGACCUAUUUUCCGUGGCCUUUCCCAGCGACCGGGUGUACAUGACGGAAGGAGGCGCCCAACCGCCGGGCAAUUCCCGUCCGGCUCCGCCCGUCCCUACCGAGACGUUCGGCACCCCCGGAGGCACCGCCUACGGCGCGACGGAGGUCCCCCCUACGCAAAACUUCCUCGAGGAUAACCCGCCGCCGUGGCUCUGGUCCAAUAGCUGGGCCGCCGGCCCCUCGAAUCAAGCGACUGCGAACGCGCCGAGGAUCGACGACCCAGACGUCGACAUGGACGCGGAAGAAGGGUUCAAUUGGCAGACGUGGGUGGAUAACGGACUCGCGAUGGGGCGAGUCGGUUUCAUGGGAGGGAUCUAAGACGAGCGGCCCAAAUAUAACGAAUCACUUCACUUUACCUAUAUAACAUUUAUCUAAGCAUCACGUAUGGAAGGAUAUAUGGCGGUGUUAGAUCGGACCGCCUGAUAGGACUAAGCAAUGUCUCCGAUUCCACUCGCUGUUCAGGGGUGGUUGGAGGACCAACGCUAAGCUACGCAUGAGACGAGACGAGACAACUGUGGGAGAUUCAGAUGAGACAAGAAAGGUGGAAGAAGAAAAUGGACAAGAGCAAUGAUAUCACGGUGUUGGCGCAAUUCUGUGUGCAUAUACUGAUACCCUGUUCUUAUCUAGGCUUCAAUAUAUUAUAUAUGAUUGAAUAUUUACUAUUACAAUUUUAUGUUGCAA